AUGAAGACAACAUGUUUUGUAACGCGCACUCUCAGAGAAUUCUCUUCAAGAAGUCGUAUUGCGAAACUCAAUAGUGAUUCAUUUGGGUCACUCUGUCCUAGCGAUAUACGGAUCGAACGCCUCAGUUGGCCCAAAAGUCAUGAUUUCGAGACUGCUGCACCUGUUCGUAGUGUUAAGAAGCUAGAAGUGCCUUUAUCACUGUCCAAAAAAAAGAGAGAACAGCUUCUGAAGUUGCAGGAGCGGCAGCCUCCGUCUGUGAAUGAUCAUUGCCUCAUAGAAUGUUCCCGACGAGAGUUCAACCUUCACGAGAGCCAACUGGGAGCAUUUACCUCGUUAUGCAGUCGUUUUUGGGAAAAGAACAAGUAUAGCGACGACUGGUUUGUGAUCAAAAGAAGAACUAAGGUGUCUAAUCAAUUCGUGAAGUGGGAAAAUACAUGGGAAUGUUAUGUUCCAGAUCGUCUCCAUCCCGUGGUAAAAAGUGCUCUGGAAGAACUCGGAUUGAAGAGUCCUACCUUUAUUCAGUCUCAGUGCCUCAAGGCGUUUCUGUCAACUCAUCAUCUGUUCAUCGCUGCUGAAACAGGAUGUGGAAAAACAAUUGCGUAUGCAGCACCUUUGAUUACAAAAUUGUUGCAUCAAAAGCAGAAAGGCGUUUUUGAAAAAGCUGUCAUUCUUGCCGUUACAUCAUCACUCAAAUCUCAGAUUGCGGUGGUGCUGUCUAAACUGUCUUCCAAAACAGACCUGAAAAUCUCAACGUGCUCUAAAGAAGCCGAUUUCACGGACGAUUGGGACGUUCUGGUGGGAACUCCGGGUCUUGUGGAGAAAUGUCUUCGGAAAUCCAAGUAUUUAUGUGAUGUAAAACAUCUAAUCCUAGACGAAGCUGACAUGCUUCUUGAUGACAGCUUUACCAGUGUCCUCACGGAAAUCUUUUCUUUUAUACCCAUUGCCAAUUCUAUCACGAACACCGGCCUUACUUCCACAGGUGCUCGAGUCAUAUUUUCUUCUGCUACCUGCCCGGAACAGCUGGAAUCCCUAGCCGAUGGUGUGGUCGAUCGUCAGUUCCUUCAUUAUAUCAGAAGCCCGAGGCUCCAUUCUUUGCUACAUAAUCUGGAGUUGAAAUUUAUUCGCGUUCGAGAGAAGGACAAAAUUGCACGGUUAAAGGAGCUCCUCACUGGGGAUAUGACACUUGGAAAAUUGAACGAGACUAUGGUAUUUUGUAAGGGCUGCAAAAAAGCUGUACUUCAAAUUUUCCAGCUAGCAUCUCGUCUCGGACGACCGUUGAUAGACACUGACGUGAAUGGUGCAAUCGAAAACCGAUGCUUAGGAGUUCAGAAUGGUCUAGAAGGCUCUAAGAUCUAG